AUGAAGGCAUUUGAUGUCGUUAAACAUAAGUACGACGGCUCUCCCGAGGAGGUGUCUCGCUCCACUUACUCCUCCAUCAAUCCAGUCAGUAUAAUUGACGAGCCCAACGGGCAUUCCUACUUCACCCAUAACGCCUACCUUUUGCUCUCCAGGUGUUACCUUUAUGUUUACUCUAGAUCUCCUCCCUAUUCGCUUAGGCUUCCACUUAAGCGAGUGAAUGGCAUAGAGUUCCGAAAGAAAGGUACAAAGGUCAACGGUAAACGGGUGAGCGACAACGCGGUCGUGAUUGUUUGUAACACUGACAGUAAGUACAACGAUUUGGCAAACGAUAAUGCCUCUAAUUCACUUACGCUUGUGUUUGGCCAACCCAAAAAGGGCGAAAAGCUUCCAAGAACGCCCGCAGAAGACUUUCAGGACUUAGAGGCCAAGCUUAUGCCGGCCUAUCAGACCAGUAGCCGCGAUUCUGUAGAGGACGUAAGGUCUGCUUGUAUACUAAACCCCCUUCGUGAGCGGUACAGCCAAAUCCUGAGGGAAAUCGACCUUCCUAAAGACUUCAGAUUUAAUAUUACCAGCAUCAGAAAUAAAGAAAUAUACACCAAACUGAUCAAGUUGGCUGAGCACUGGGUGGAGCAAGACGCAUUCAAGAAAGAGAGCUCUCGAUAUCUGCAUACGAAGAAGUACGAAGAUGGGAUCAAGGCUGCAAAAACGCUUCUGCAUGAGACUGCUAUGACAAGAGACACGUUAGCAAUGACUGCAAAAGACACAGUGUCUCUUGCACCCCCCAACUUUGUCUCUCCUACCCCCGUCAAGGAGCUGCCUAGCAGCGCUAACGGGACCGGGGGAGGGAUCACCGUAUUUAAGCUGUAUAACGAUGAGAAGCUCUGUCAGUCUUAUGCACAGGUUGUCAUAUUUAAUAGGACGCAGCCCUUUGACCUUGCCAUUGAGCUUUCUGAUGUUUUGCAUGCCUUUCUAUCAAUCAGGCCAUCCUCGGUUGCCUCGCCUGUCAGUGACAAGGACGCGUUUGUGACUGAGCUCAUGAGUGCUAUUGAGUAUUAUGUCGCCCUUUCGCCGCUCUACAUACAGCAGCGCAUUUUGCAGUGCGUCUUUCUGCCAGUAGACGAGGUAUUUGCUCUUAUUAAUCGGUCUCGACCCAAUAACCCUGUCCAUGUCACAGAGCUAAAUGGUAUUUUCGACUAUAUCGAGAACGAAAGGCGUACACGAGGACAUGAUGCAUUUCCCUACGUGCCAUGGACCCUCAAUGGCCACAGAUACUUGGUUACUAAGGAGGUUCGUUCAUACAAGAUGUUCUACUUAUAUGUCAUACUAAUUUUAUAUAACGAGUACAAUAGGGUGCGAAACCGUCGACCUAUUAAACAUCCGUGUGUAAGUGUCCACAGGAUCAUUGAGAUGAUCCACGUCAAUGUAACUACGGCCACAGACAUUCUAAACGCCAUGCAGCAGCUUGGCUGUCUGGUCAGCGAGACCAACGGGGGAGUUAAGCAUUAUUAUCUCAACAGGAUCACAUUCAACUACCGUGUUAUGCUGAAGGAAGCAAUAGAUUGCAAGAUAAUCAAGGAGGUCACGAUCUCUUAA